AUGUACCGACUUCACACCCAAAGAGUAGAAGCUGCUGCUGGACGUGUGUGGACUCACAGUCUCCGUAAGAUUCGGCGCUCUCUUAAAAGUGCUUACCAGAAAUGUAAAAGCCAGCACUCAACCAGCCGCCCAACAACAGCUCCUUAUGACUGUGACCAAGAUGCUCUCGGUUUGAAUGAAGAAAUGAAUCUAACAGCAAUGCUCCAAGACAUUAAAAAAGGACAAAUGGAACUCCUCAGUCAAAUGACCGACAUUGUUAGUGCAAUAUCAAGUAUCCAGGAAAAGAUUGACCAUUAUCAGAAGCAGAUGGAAGCCCUAGAAACCAGAAUAAGCAUCAGUGAAGACAGACAAGUCGCAGCCACCAAAGACAUCGUCUCCAUGAGAGAAGACAUCGACUCUCUGAAGAAGAAGGUGAUGGAGCUGGAAAGCCAGAAUUCUUACUCUAGCAUCCGCUGCCUAGAGGUUCUCGAGGGACAAAAGGGUAAAGAAAUUGUGCAGCUGUUCCAUAAGCUCCUACAACCAGAAACCUCAAAGGACCUAGACACCGAAAUCUCUUCUGCAGAAUCAGGGAGGGUGUCCAGUUAUCCAGAGCCCACCAGCCAGAUUAGGGAAAAAACAAUGUCUCCUCAAAUUGAAACUCCGAAGAAAAAUAACAGCCUCCAGACUGCAGCCAUGAGUUGUAAAAAGGUAAGGUCAAAUAUUUAUAUUUACCCUGACUUCAGUACAUGGAUCAAGCUCACUUUUGUUCACGGAGGAAAAUGGAGGUUUUUCCUCAGUGCCACCAAGUUAGAGGAAUUCGUGCAGUGGCUUCUCUCUAGGCCAACCAUCCUUCCUGAGGAACCACAAAUCAUAUCCCGGAGAGACUGUGCCUUCACUGGAGCCAUUGAGAACUUGGCCAUAAUCUGUCUCUCUCUCUUCAACUAUAUUUACUGCCUUUUUGGUUCCUCGAAACAGGAAAUAACUCGUCUUUAG